GACAAACAUUUACAAAUACCAUUACAAAAAAUAAAAACAUUUACAAAUCAAAAGUGAAAAUUUAAUUAAAGCAGUUUAACGUUAAAAUAAUUGUGCUUAAACAUGAUAUCGCCAUAGUUUGAGGUGUCUGUUACCAGAAUAAUAUAAAUUGAACAAGGAAAAGUAAAAAAUAAGGCACAAGCAAAAUGCCGAAUGAAAAUGAUAAAAGUCCUAUAUCGCAAAAUAAGCCAACCAUUCAUGCACAGUUGCCAAUUGAUUUAGCAAGUAAAGUGAUUGUAAAGCCUGCAAAUGACUCUAAAAUGCUCCAACAGCCGACUUUUAGGACGAUUCAACAACCGGCACAAAUGAGAGUUGUAAGAAUGCCAACGCCAAGUGGAACUCAAAUAAUACAGACACAGCUAGUUCCUCAGACCAUUUUAAAGACGCCAAUGCAACAAACUGGUCGGUCUACAAUCACUGUUUCGAAAUCUCCAGCAACUUAUUUGCCACGAGUUACAGCCACAUUAAGUACUAUUCCACAAAAUAAAGCUGGUCAACAAAUAAGAACUCCAACGCCUCCAGUUAGUGCAACAACAAUGUCACCAGCCUUUGUGAGAUCGAUUACGCCUAGAACUUCAUCUCCAACAGCUGUUUUAUCACAAGGAGGAACUGCUUGGGUUUCUGGCGGCAAUGCUAUGCAAGUUCAAGUUCCAACACAAUUAAUAAGAUCUACAAUCACUCAAAAUCGUACACACAUUUUACAGCCAAGUUCCGUUACAGUCACAAAUAAUGCUGGAAAUGCUCAAACAAUAACAAAUAUAUUUGGUCAACAAAGUCAACAACAAAAUCUUGGUGGAAGUACGACAAUUAGUGUGACCACAAGUGGUGGUUCCGGACAAACUCAACAGCCAACAUAUGUAGCCACAGUUCUUCCCCAGCGUCCACAAGCUGCCACAAUUGUCUAUACAUCACAACAACAACAGCCAUUUACAGCAAUUCAAGGUCAAGUUCAAAGAAUGGGAAUUGGAAAUCAAGCAGCAAAUACACGUCAAGUACGUCCAAUUCAAAGAAUACCAACGACUGGAAUUAGAGUAAAUACAUCUUCAUUAAGUAUCAGACCUAAUGUGCCUGGUUUAACUCCGACGACAGUUUUAACGACACAAAAUCGUGGCACGUCUGGUUUAGUUGCUGGAACUAGUACAACUAUAUCAAAUACAAUUCCAGCGAGAAUCUUUCAAGUCCAAACGUCACAAACACAAUCAGUUACUGGAUCACAACAAGUUCUUGGACAACAGAAUCAAAAGAUCUUACAGGCUAAUGUCAUGACAUUGCCUAUAAUUGUAAAUAAUCGAAUUAAUCCACAAGUUAAGAAUACAUUACAGCCUGGAAUUAUAGCGCAUGUUAGUAAAUUACAGCCAGGCUCAGUAUCAAGUGAUGGAACAAUUAUAAGUAAUUCAAUUACAACAACGAUUCCUACAAAUACAAUGGUGGCAUCAAUUCAAGCUGGACAACAGAAUCAGAAUCAGUCAAAUCAAUUGCAAGUAUCUCAAGGAAGCAGUCAAGUAUCUUAUGCGACUGCUCAACAAGUUGGAAAUUUAUCAAAUCAAGGUGGACAAAUAAUUACAGUUUCCCAGCAACAACAGCAACAAAUUCUUCAAGGAGGUCAACAGAAUCUUCAUCAACAAGGCAGUAAUGUGUCUACGGUUGUGCCAUUACAAAUUUCAGCUAGAGGUGGAAAUAUUCCAAUUAAAACGAUUACAGUUUCGACUGCAAAUUCGGGACUAGAUGCGAAUAGUCUUCAUCGUAAUUUAUCAUCAAAUGCUGGAAAUAUGCAAGCUACUACAAUAAUGCCAAUUGCUAAGCUUGUACAAUCACAACAGCAGCAAAAUCAUGGACCUGGACAGAACUCAAAUCAGCCAACUUCUGUUUUUAUACAAACUCGAAUUCCAUCGACAAUGUCUACAACUAAUUCAAAUCAAGUUGUUAAUGUCUCUACACCGUCAUCAACUAUUUUUUCGAACACUGGAACUGUAUUUUAUGAAUCAGCUUCUGUGUCCAUUGCUCCCUCAUCGUCAUCGUCUCAUGGCAAUAUUGAAACUAAAUCUACAUCAAUUUCCACUCCAACGAAUGAAUCGUCCUCAUUUACUGUUGUUUCAGCACCAAACAUCCGAUAUACGGAUAAAAUGAUACAAUCAAUUAUUGCUAAUAGCUAUUCACAAGCGAAUUCAGCAAAUAGUCUUCAACAAUCGUCCGUGUCAGCAUCUCAGCCUCAUCAACAAACUGUAAGAUAUAGUCCAUUAGUUGUUGAGAGUCAAAAUUCGCAAUCACAGAAUCAGCAACAUCAAAUUAUUACGAUGACAUCUGGAAAUAUUAUUCAACAAGCUGCAUCUCAGCAGCAACAACAACAACAAAAUCAACAGAUUCAAAAUACUAGUAUUGAGAGUAGUGUCAUUACUGCUCUUCCAGCAUCCCCGAGAUCUACUAUCAGUGCUAUUCGUAAACAAAAUGAAACGACGCCAAUUAAAAUACCUAAAAAGGCAGCUAAGAAAGCCGCCAAUUUAAAAACAAUACUAACAAAAUCUACAAUUUUGCAGCCAACAUCUUCAGCAAAACAGGAAUCAAAGCAAAUUCCUGUAGCAGCAACAUCGUCAUCUCCAAAAGGUUUAGUGAUUUCAGAACGAGAAAGUAGUCCAGUGCAUGUAGAGCACGAUUGGUCAGACGAUGGAUCGACAACAGUUAGUAUUCCAAACAGUCCGAGUCCAGAAGAAGAUGAUUUAGAUGCGAUGAUUAUGAGCAAUCAGUUUAAUAGAAAAUCACAAGACGAAACUGAUUUGAGUAAAUUUAUUAAAACUGUCGCGAAACUUGGUAGUGCUGUGAAGCGUGAAUUAAGUGAUCCAGCAGUAACGCCGAAGAAGAAGCAGAAACUUUCAAUUGAACGACCAUCAACAGAUGUUGUCGAUAAAGCAGGUCCACCGGAACCAGCUGAGAGUACUGAAAAUAUUGUGGUAAAGAAGCGCGAUGUAAUUUUAAAGAAACCAACAGUUAUGCUGCUUAAUGCAUACAAUCAAAAUUGGAAGCCAGCACCAAAUCAUUUCGUGAGAUAUUCAGACGUAAGAGUACGGGGUGAUGAUCGUCGCGCAAAUGUAAUGGAUUUAGCAAAUCAACCGAAAGUUUCUCAACGCAUCAAUGGCUGGAAAACUCACUUGAUAAAUGCUGAAAUCGAUGAAGUGAUAAAUGACGAAACGCAUGAAAUGGAAAUUUUAACAAACGUACUGAAGCGUUUGGAAGCAAAAGAAUCUGGUCCAGAAGCUGAAAAGAUUAAUGAACUUAUAAAGGGCAAUAUGCAACGCAGCCGGUUAAUCGUUGACUCAUUUAAUGAUUCAAAAGCUCAAUUAAUGAAAAUAUUUGAGCAUAAAGAGCAUGCAUUAGACAUUGUGAAUCGGUGUGUGUCAAAAAGGAACUUCAAAAAAAGAAAAUUAAAGCGAUAAGUGCUUUUACCAUUCGAAUGAACUAUUUGUUGUGGCUGUUGAUGUGGAUAGAAUGUUGUAAUGUGCUUCGUUGGAUGUGCAAAUGUGUUUGGUGAGAUAAAUCUACGAUAUUUUUGGUUUUUAACUAUUUUAGCUGGCUGAAUCACAGUGGAUAUCAGUUUAGGAGGUGAUUCAAGCUGGUUCAGCUGUAUGCUUGCCUUCUUUUUCUUCUUAUUGAUGUUAUUUCGUUUUACUUUGGGUUUUUCUAUUGGAUUAGGUGGAUCUAGCUGUUGGUCUUCAAGGGACUGAUUGCUGUGGUUAUUUCGGACUGUUGUGGGUUCUUGUUCCUUACUAUUUUCAACUUCUUCAGAAAAUUUACUAAAAGUACCUCUAAAUUUUGGUAAAAAUGUGUUAAUGUCAAAAAUUGGCAAAUUGGAAAUUCCAGAAACUGAGCUGUAAUUAGGAAUCUGUGCCUUUCUAGUUCUAGCCAAGACCUGCUCAGAUGGAUUCUUUUGUAUAUCCUCAGCUUCCCUUUUCUUCUUAUAAUCAUUUAAAAUUCCCGAUCGAAUGUUAUUAAUCACAUCAUCAUAAACUGUUAUCAAAGGAUUAGCUUGAUGUGCAAUGUGAUUAACAGGAAUGGGAAUAGCUGCUUCGACAUAUUCAUCCUCUUUGAAUAGUGGAUUAUCGAAUGGAUCUUUACCAAAAUAUUUUUCUCUAUAGCACUGGAUUUUAUCGCCAAGUUUGUUCAGUCUUUUAGGUGAUUUAUUGUAUUUUGUUGGCUUGUCCUCUUCCUCGAUGUCACUUGGAACUGGAUUUAUGUCAUCUUCGAUUUCAUCGCAUUCCUUGACAUUUUUAGAUGCAUAAAGUGAAUUUUUAAGUUUUGGAUAAUUUUCGGAGUAUCGAUCUGCUGUCAAUUGUGGCCGAAUUGUUCCUGGAAAGAUGCUGUAAUUUGGAUACUUGAUAGAUGGCCUGAUUGGACCGAAUUUGACAGGUCUAACAUCAUCCUCGUCUGGCAAAUAAAUCGAUGAAUUUUUAAUCAACUCAUCUAAAUGCUUAAACAACUUCUCGCCAGUCAAUUGCGGAAUCUCUGACUUCUUAAAGUAUGCAAGUGCAACAGGUAAUUGCGAGACAUCAACAUCACCAUCCGUUGAUCUCUUUCCACGCCUCUUAUGUUGCUUAUUUCUCUUAUCGUAAUCAAUCUUUUCAGCACCAUGAUCAUAAUUUUUAUCUUCAUAUCCUUCCUCCUUGUAAUAAACAUUCUUCUUGGACAGUGAGACUUUCUCUUUGAUAUUCGAUUUAGAUGGUUUCUCGUGAUGAUCUGCCUCAACAUGACGUACUUGUGCAUAUAAUCUAAAUGGUACGAAAUUUUCUUUCUUUCUAGACUCAUCGCCAUCACUUUCAUCCUCCUCGAUAGUCUCAUCUGCAUAAUCAGCGUAAUUACUGUCAUUAUAGUCGUCACUAUUAGCAGCAUAAUCAUCAUUAUCAACACGAUGGAUAUUGGCAUUUUCUUCAUUGUUUGUUAUUGCUUCACUUUCAUUACUACUCGACUCAUCUGUAUAAGGCAGUUCCUCUGUAUCUUCACUUGAUUGUACAUUUUUGAUGUAAUUGACUGGAGAAAAUUGAGCUUCGUGUGCUAGCUCUUGUUCUCUCUCUUUAAAGUAAUCAAUUUCACCUUCGUACGGCUGUUGUGAUUUUAAUUCAGCCACUGGUUCCUUGUCAUUUUCAAAUUCUGAGAAAAAUUUCUGUUGUCUCAUUUUGAGAUAUUGCACGUAAUUCCGGACAGCAUCAAAUGAUGGUGGUUGGGUUGGCAUUACAUUAAUCGGUGACGGCUUCAUGAGAGGAUAAAAAGGUGAGUUGUCUGGAACGUAAGGCGGUAUAUCCUCGACAGCGUUUGACUUUGAUAAGUGCUGGGAUUUCUUUUUGGGUUUGUUUUUUCGUGAUGGCUUUGAGUAAACGUCAUUUCGUUGUGAUGCUUUGUCUGGAUUACGUUUUGGGGUAUGGGAUAGUGAUUUUUGAGGAUUUUGGGAUUCUGAGGAUUGUUGCGAAUUUUUAGGGAACUCUAAAGGAUUUUGUGGAUAUUCUGACGAUUCUUGGCUUAGUUCUGAAGAUUUGGCACUAAAAUUCGAUAAUUUACGUCCAAAUUCUGUUGAGUUGUUGCCAGUCAAAGCCUCAGCACUAGGUCGAUCCCUUCCAUGAAAUUUUGGACGCUGAAUAUUAAAGAUAUCCUUCCUUGAUUGAGCAGUCAACUCUCCUUUAACAUUAUCCGAAUUAGCACGCUUAAAUUUUCGACUAUUUUGGUCAUUGACACUUUUCACUUUCAACAGUUUUCCAUAUUGAUACUGUUGCUGUCCACCUGGUGCAUUUACGUACGCAACUUUCAUUGGAUAUUUUUCAAAACUUAACAGCUUAGCAUCUCUUUCAUUUUCAUAACUAAACGAUAUGUGACACGAUAACAGCAUCAACAUUAAGCACUUUACAUACAUUUUUCUUAUGCUGCUUCUUUUCUUUUCUGUCUGUCCACAAUUCAAUUGUAAUUAUUGGAUAUAAAAAAAACUCGCUUUUAUUUUCAUCAAGACCCGAUCGCACUUACAUCUUAAAUAAAACUAUCACUUUCGUUUGAGAUCGUUACUGUAUUUAUAGAUUUUUGUACACAAUUUGCUGCUUUCUUCUCCGUCUGACUGGCUUGCAAUAAUUUUCUCACUACUUACAAUGCUCAAUUUUUUUUUUUUCGGUGGUCGUAAAGUGGGUAGAUUAUAAGGUUGGUAGAGGGGAACGAUCUGCAUUAAAUAAUACCUUUUUUGUCGGAAACUUUUGGGGCUGUUCAUUUGCUACAGAACUCAAAAAUGACCCCCUUCCCAAAUCAGUAUUGAAUUUCCCACGAAGUAGAUUUUCUUUUUUUUUUUGAUUGCCUUAAAAUCCCAGACCCACCUCCACCUAUUACGUAAUUAUGUGAAUGACCCCUCUAGCCAGCUAGGUAGUAAUUUCAGCAGGUGAAAUGAGCACUAAGACUGAUCAAUUUUUAAAUGAGCCGUUAAUCACAAUCAUAAUCAUUAAUUUUAAUGUUUGAGCAGUAUGCAGUGAUGGAUUGUUGUUGCUGUUAUUUCC